UACUUUUUACAUAGUCCUAUGUGCAUCCCAAAUCAACCCUAUAAAGUACAUUAUCGGCCAUGGUCAAAAGUAGUACACUAUGUAGGGAAUAGGGUCCCAUCAGAGGACAACCACUCAUGAUGCAUCAUGGACAGUAGCUGUGAAGUGAUACACAUUGCUACAGUGUGGUUUUUACUAUGUUUAUGAGCUGACUAGUACUAAAUAUACUGUAUUUCAAACAUAGAAAUGGAUAAAUUGGUUUAUAGGCCUAUGUGGCUCUGGUGUUUGCUGUCUGUCAGGGUGGGUGUGGUCUCCCAUGGCACCACAUUACAUCACAAUUGUGAUGUCAUAAAUGAUUGUAUUCUGAUAUGAUGACAGCCUAAAUGGUUUGACAUAGCGUUACUGUCACAUUACAGCAACACUUACAAGUUCAAUUCAGGGUCAAAAUCAUUUCUAUAUUUUGGAUGGUUAUUUUUGAAGUGAUUGGUGGUAAGUAGUUGUGACCACUUGUGAUUUAGUGUGAAAAGGCCUACUUUGUGACACAAUUUAAUUUAGAUGAUUUAAAUAAUAAUAUUUUGAAGCCAUAUUGUAUCUUUUUCAGGAUUACUGUAAUUGAAGGAACUAUGGGAAAGUUCUCCUUCCCAAGGAUCAUCAUAAGAAUGGUUAGAAUCUCUUUUCUCUCACCACCCUCAUAGUCAAAACUCCAGUGAUUUAAAAUCAUCACUUUGACAUAUAGGCCUAUGAGCUUUUCUAGGAUUGAAAAUAACAAACUUGUAUCACGAUAACCUCAUUACUGACUGCAUGUUUGUCAUCAUUUUCAUUUCUAGCCAUGGGCAAAACGGACUGCACAGGACGAUUUCUGCACAGAAACUACUGAACUCCACAGGCCCAGAACACACCAGCCUCACAACUCCUCACAACUCCCCAGCCUUAAUGUGUGUAGGCAGGGCAAGGAGAACACCGAUUCAACCCAGAAGAAGAGGAAAAAGAAGAGACUAAAUGAGAAGGGAACCCAGGUUGAACUAGGCAUGCGGGAGGAUAUCCAUGACCUUGACCUCGCCCAUUGGAGAUUGGCUAGACAGACAUGGAGAACUGAGCGAGGAAACAUAAGGGAGAUUAAGGCGCUGUAUGGAGAAAUAUUUAGGCUGCACCAACUCUUGGAGGAGAUUGGGGUGGAUAAAGGGGUGAUCAAGCAGCGCUCCACCUCCUCCAUUCUUUGUCCCGUCUCCCCGACACUGCCAGCUUUCCCCUGGUACAACCUCCAUAGGUACCUCGCCAACAGCCAAUCGGAGCCUGACCAGCAUGCUGCCGGCACCCAGAAGGACCCAUCUAAGAAACACUCAAUCUUUCCCCCUCUGGACACACAGAGCUGCACCUCCCCUGAUAAAUGGCCUCCUUCUCAGUUCAAGACGUCACACCCACACGCUUCACACCGAUUUGCUGUCCCAUCCCACCCCCUGGCUUCCGGCCCUCCUGCCCGGAUGAGACAGACCCAUCCGCACGUCCACCCCAGGUCCUCAUUGACUGGCCAGGAAAAGGUUAAGGAUGAGGUCAACAGGCCAAAGAUUGCAUCGCCUGAGGAAUUGUCUGAGGAAGUUCAACGGAGAGGCGCAGAAAUUGCAAAUAUGUAUAAAGCACAGCUGAAAGAGAGGAUGGCCCAAAAGAGAAAGGAAGAGAUUCUGAAGAAAAGGGUAAACAACGAUGACAAGAACGAUGACACUGAGGCCUUCUGCUCCUCUGCAGUAAAACAAUCCAAUACCCCUGCCACAGCCCCCGAGCGCCCGGCCAGCCCAGACGCCACGCCAGUGGCCGCCCAAGAGGACACUCAGGGGGACACCCAGCAGGACCUGGCAGAGGUUGUGAAUGUGCUCAAGAGGCAAUCAUCUGAUCUAUACCUGCCUGACGACGUUUGUGAGGAGUCACUCACAUGGAAGUCCAUUUACGAGGAGCUGUGCCCGCUCGCUCACAGGGUGAACACAGAAGCUGACUACAUCAAGGAGCUCCGCGUCAUCACUGAGAAGGCUGUGACUCCCUCGUGCUCGUCUGAGGAUGAUGUGUCUCAGAGUGUGAGUGAGGUCACAAGUCAGGAGGGGAGUAGUGAAAGUGAGGAGAGCAUGAGUGGACAACAGCAGAGAUGUCUACACAGGGAAUCUUAUGGUGAGAGGGACAGGAAGGAGAUUGAUAGUGGUAAAAUGGAAGGGAGAUAUGCAACCGCCACUGCAUUGUCUAUGAUGGCAAGCCGAGGGAAAGAAGAACUUAAUGCCAUGAGCUACGCAGACAGGAUCAAAUAUUUCAAGGACGAGGCUAAGAGAAAUGAAGAGAUGAUGAAGAUUGAAAGGAGGAAGGAAAAAGCCAGGGACGAAGAGCUCAAAAAGUGUGAAAAGAGACAGAAGAAAUUGAAUGAGGAGGAAAGGAAAAGGACAGAAAAUAUGGAAAAAAACAAGUUAGAGGAGCAGAGGAAAAGGGAGAAGGCAGAGAUGAAACUAAAGAUCGAACAUGAGAAAAAGAGACAAGAGCAAGAGAAAAAAAGAGAGAAAAAAGAAAGAAAGAAGCAGGAGAUGCAACAGAAGGCCCGUGCAAAAGAAGAGAAAAAGAGGGCAGAGGAAGAGAAAAAGAUGGAGAAAAAGAGGGCAGAGAUGUUGAAAAAGAUUGAGAAACAGAGGAUGGAGGAGGAGAGGAACAGGGAAAAGGAGAGAAUGAAGGUGUUGGAGAUGCAGCAAAAGGCACGAGAGAAAGAAGAGAAGAGGAGUAAAGAGGAACAGAAAAGGAGAUUGAAGAUACAGCAGGAACAAGAGAAGCAGGAACAGAAAAGGCAGACAAGGAUACGGGACGAGGAGAAGAAGAGAGCAGAGCUUCAAAGAAUAAAAGAUCACGAGGCCAGGUUCAAGAUGGAGAUGGAGAAACUGUAUGAGAGAGAAGAGAGGAAUGCACAGAUUGAAAGAGAAAAGAGGCGUGCGCUGUGUCAGAAAAAAGGGCAGACACAGAGAGCAAAACAGGUGGUGGCAUACGAGGUCACAGCGUCUACAUCUGACGCCUCUGUGCGGAGGGAAGAGAGGGAGCAGCGUCCAGAGACCGCUCACGCACAGUCUGCGAAGAGGAGAACAAGGAAGAAGCAGAAGAAAGAGGCGGACGAGGCAUUGACAACUUUUGAGUAGAUGACAAAAGAAAAUACUAACAAAAAAAAUGAGACAAUAAGCAAAAGGAGGAAAAUAUUAUAAGGAAGCCAGGCAUGAGGGUGAAGAGGAGGAAACAUGAGAGAGGAGGAAGGGAGAACAGAGUGGUUUAUCAGGAGGUCAGUAGAAGAUACAGAAUUCAAGUUCUGAUGGACAGAAUCAGGAAGGACCAUGGGAUAAAAGGUCAAUGAGAUUAGCAGUAAAGAGCUGAGUGGAUCAAAAGAAAGUAAUGGAAAACACAAGGGGGAGGCAAGAUAAACAGAGACCCAGAAAAAAAGAGGUUAAAACAUUUUAUAAGAGUAAAAGAGAGGAGAUUGAACUAGAAUUCCGAUGGACAUAUGGCCAAAAUAACUAUCUAAAUAACAUAAGGAUGAGCAGAAAAGGAGAAGACCAAGAGCACAGGAAAAAGAGCCAACAGACAGGUCAAAAAGAACUGAAGUCUGCCUCUUCUACUUCUCUUUUAAAGUUGCUUUGGUUUCCUUUUGUCCUCUUUCCAAGCCUGUUCAAGUCUGAGAUAGAUGAAAAGAGCAGCCAAAGAAACAGAUCUGUUGAAGCAUCAAUUGGAAAGGAUGGGAGGGUUGGAGGAGGAGCACAGCUGGAUGACUACAUUAGAUUGUGGCAUAUGAGGUCACUUUAUCUGUUGAAGCAUCAAUAGGAAAGGAUGAAAGGGAGGGAGGCAGGAAGAGGAAAACACAGAAGAGCAGAUGAGGAGCACUCUAUGUUCUGCUUCCAUGUGGAUUGACAGCAUUGCUUUCAUGAGCUCCUGGAGGACACCAUGGAGGAAGAGGGAGAGGGUCUAUGAUAGGCAGUUUGCCAUGGCCCUAAAUGGGCUUUUGGAUGUUAAUUCUUCCUGCUUUAUAUCAUGCAACUUUACAAUAAAAAUGAAUCGCAAGCA